CUGUAUUUUGAAACAUUUAUAUUGUGUCAUAUCUUGGCCUAUUGAUUGUUUCUUGACCAUGUUGUGUGUGUUUCGUGAUAGUUUUCAUAUGUCUGUAAGCAGAGCUCAAUGCAAAUAUGUCUGCAUUUCUACUGGAAAUUUAACCACGCAAGAAAUAUGUAUGCAUCCUUCUAAACUGUUAAGAUAUUGGAGAUGUAUGUUGAGAAGUUUGCCAGAAUAUUCUAAAGUGUAUCAUUUGUUUGUAGCUGAUUGUAUUAUGCUUAUUAAAACAAUAUCAAACAUAAAUGAUGCUCUUGUAUAUUUUACUUGCAUGGAUGAAUCGGAACUGACAGAGAUUAAAAAUUGUGUAAACAGGAGGCAUUCGGCUAAGAUUUUCAUUACUUCCACUUCAAGUGAUGAAAAGAAAACUAGAAAGGUGGCCCAUAAAUGUUUCCUGAGAUGUUUUUCUGAUGAAAUUGAAUUAAAAUUUAAUAAAAAUUUAUAAAAUAAAUUUUAUAUACGUGAAAAAAGAAAAUUAAAGAAGAGUUAUUACUAUUA